CGGGACCUGACUGAUCCAAAUCCCUCCAACCUUCUUUCGUGUCGCCACGCGUCGCGACUCCCGAGCCUUCUUCCUCAUGUCGCCGCCGCCGCCACCUCCUCCUCCCGGCGCCACCGCCGCGUCUCACGCGGCCAUACUGCGCUCCGUCCACAGCCUCACUUCCUACAGCGAUACCCUCGCCGACUUCCUCGACCAGUGGAACUCCGUCCUCCUCGACGCCGCCUCCAUCGCCGCAACCUUCGCCGCCCUCUUCCCUGGCCCCGAAUCCAACCCUAAACCCGCGACCGAGCCCGAGCCCGAGCCAAUUCUCGCGCCGGAGCCCGAGCCCGAGCCCAAGCCCGCACCCAAUCCCGAUCGCGAGCGCAAAGACGGCGACCCAUCGGCGGCGGAGCUGGGGCUCUUGUGCGAGCGGAUGUCCGCGCGGGGUCUCCGCCGUUUCAUCACCAUCCGCCUGCGGGAUCGCGAGUGGCUGCGCCUCGUGGGCCCGGAAGCGCUGCGGCGGGCCCCGGACCCCGCCUUGCUCGUGCUCCGCGCCGUCGGCCGCUACUACAUCUGCGCCGAGAGCCAGGACGCCGCGGCCGCGUGCGUGCUUCUCCUGGAGCUGUACGUGCGCGCGGGGUGUCCCCGCCGGCCGGGGCAUGGGGAGGCGAAGCUGCGGGAGGAGGCGCGCGAGGCGGCCUUGACGUGGCGCAGCCGGCUUGUGCACGUCAAGGGCCGGUUAGGCGCCGCUGAUGUUAGGGAAGCCCGCGGCCUCGCCCUCUUCAUGGCCGCCUUUGGCGUGCCCGUCGAGUUCCCGGUGCAGGAGCUCUACGAACUGCUGGAUGCUGCCGACGGCUUGGCCUGCACCAAGGUGCUCAGGUGCUCCAAGCUCUUUGUGAAGAAGAUGAGGGAUGUCGUUGUCGAAAUGAUAAAUAAGGAUAUGUAUCUGCAGGCAAUACGCAUUAUCCUUGCAUUUGAGUUCCAGAAUGCUUUCCCUCUUGCGCCAACUCUCACUCACAUCAUGGAGAAAGUUGAGCACGGUAGGAAAGAAGAGAGUGAGGGGCAGGCAUUGAAAGAGCGUGAUGAGGAGGAGUUGACUCUUUUGAGAGCAAUAUCCAAAUGCGUGGAGGAUCACAAACUAUGCCCCUCAGGAUUUUCUUCUUUCAGUAUAGCCGAGAGGAUUGCGUUGCUAGAAGAACGUGUUGGAAAGCCAAAACAAGACUUCACGGGAAUAAAGCGGAAGAGAACAGCGAAGGAGGACUGUACAGCACUGUAGAACCUAAACCGACACAUGCUUGAGCUGCUUCUAAUGCGCUUCACCUAAUUCUCUUUGUGUAGGGUAGAACCAGCAUCAGGAGCACAUAGUAGAUCCUGAUAUUACCAGUUCAUAUAGUUCUAGCUCUCCAAAUUUGAUGCAGACUCACCAGCACCGUAUAGACUUGUAGAAAGUCUUCCUGGUGUCCCAAAGUCCACAAGGAUACAUCAUAUGUGCUGUGAGAGGCCACCUCAUACAUUUAGAAUCACAGAACCUAGUAAGGAACAUACAAUGUUAUAAUGUUUAGCUUAAAUAUGCUCAUGACAAUCUUGACCUAUUUGGCUAUUUCCCUAGCCAAGUAAACUCACCUGUUUUUCGUUGUUUGUAAUAGAAGGAUUUAAUUUGGAUUGGAUCUAAAUUGGACGUCAUCCUUCCUUGGUUUUCCUUCUGAAACAUCGGUUUGAGCAGUGGCUU